AUGCCCAGCGCGGUCUUGCGCGAGGAUAUCAGUGGGCUGCGAAAGGAGCCGUUCGCUGUCCACGUUUCAGAUCCAGAGGUCAUGGGCAUCGCAGAGGACAGAAUCAAAGAUGGAACUGAGCUCUUCGUGCCUAGAGGGGACACGGGCCCCUGGUUGGUGAGCAUUGUUGUUCACGGACCAGCCAGCACAUGCUAUGAUCACAGACUGCGUCUCCAAGUCAAGGUGAACAGCGCUUGGCCUCAAACACCUGCAGAGGUACGAGUUCAGAAUUGGUUGCAACAUGCCCUUGUGAAGGCAGAUGGAAUAGUAGAUGAAGCUGCUUUGGCCGAAGCCCUGUCCAAGUCGGACAGCAAUGGCGAGGGAGUUUCCAAAUUGUGCCGGACAAUGCAAGCCGUUAUGCUGCUUCUGAGAGAGCCCGAGCAGCUAUGCGAGACAGCUGACGCCGAUGCGAUCAAAGAUGCUGCAGAGGCGAACGCUGAGUGCUUUAAAACAAUCUCCCAGUAUCGUGCCCUCCGUCGUCACGAGCACCUUUUCAAUGAUGAGAUUGCUUUCUCCAAAGACAUGUUUGAUCCCAAAUUUUGGACAGCAUACGCAACGAACACUCCAGAAGCGUGGUCUGCAAUCAUGACUGAGGAGGCGCCGGAGGUUUAUUCAUUUCCCAUCUUCAGCGAUAGCUUCUGUAAAGACAUGGUCGAGGAGCUUGACGCCUUUAAUGCCAGCGGCUUGCCCGCACGUCGUCCUAACAGCAUGAACAACUACGGAGUUGUGGUGAACGAGAUCGGCAUGGAGCCCGCUCUAGACAAGCUGGUCCACACCUUCCUCCAACCAGUUGCCCAUCACCUUUUUCCUGGGCCUGGAUCCCACUUUGACCGACAUCACACCUUUGUGGUGCGGUAUAAGGUUGGUGAGGACCUGGGCUUGGACAUGCACACUGAUGACAGCGAUGUCACUUUCAAUGUUUGCCUCGGCAGGGAGUUCAAAGGUGCCGGCCUGCAGUUCUGUGGUAACCAGGGCGCCCCCAAUCACCGUCAUGCAAGUCUGUUGUAUCAACACAAGCUCGGGCACUGUGUUGUGCAUCGUGGUCAUCGUCGGCAUGGUGCUGAUGACAUCACCGAAGGUGAGCGGCUCAAUUUGAUAGUUUGGACACGCAAUAUUGAGUACCGCAGAUCCCGGCUGUGGUCACGCCAUAACAUGCAACUGCAGUCGACGGGCUAUUGCCAAGAAAGCGCUCCUCCAGACCCAGUGUGUCUGUCGUACACCCACGAUCGCGACUAUGGCGUGUUCAAGGAGUACAAGACACAAAAGAUGAUGCAGAACUGUGGAACCGGAGCCUUUACACCCAUGACGGAAAACAACUUGCUCAACGGCAGUAUGCUGAAGCUCUUUGCCCUGUGUGAAAGCAAGCAAGGCCUUCUUGGCAAGGAUGUCCGAGCAUACAUGGGCCCAGGCGCUGCAGGAGCAGACCUCGGGUAUCAGGCUCAAAAGGAGAGAGAAAAGCAGUUGGAAAAGGCGCAGAAGCACCAGGAAGUAAGCGAGUUUCGCAGAGCUGCUUCUGACCACAGGAUUGACAAAGCCAUGACAAAGCCUAGCAAGGUUGCGCAGACCAUAGCGCCGGAAGUCGGCCCCCAGGUUGGCCCGCAGGCCAAGAAGCGCAUGCCCAGUUUUGUCAAAGUGAAGAGCAAAGAAGAUGUCUUCGAGGAGAAGCAGGAGCCUGACAGCAAACGGGCACGAGUGGAAGGCGCUGAAACUUCUGCGCUAAAUGCGGCAGCUGGAUCACCAACCUCCUCACCAGCUGGCGGGUCCUUGCUGGGUGGCUACGAAUCCUCGGAUGAGGCUGGGCACAUUGCCGCUGCCGAACAGGUUGCUCGGGCAGCAGCACAGGUCUCCAGUGGCAAGUGCCGAACGCAGAACAUGAACGACAGGGAGAUCCUCAGCAAUUUGCAGCAGCGAUAUGGGUGGACACCUCGAGACAUGGGUGCUGGUGGAAAUUGUCUCUUCCUGUCCAUGGCGCUGCAAGUCCAAGCCAACGAUGUUAAGGACCUUGCCUCCAGGUCUUCUGCUUGGGAAGCAGCACUGGGUGAAAACCUUACCGAUCGAUGGGAGGGUAUGGGUCUUGGAGACAGAGCAUCGCUGCUGCGUCGAAUGGCCAUUCUUAAUGAGAGCGAGUUCAUUGCAGAGUUGGCGGCCACCCGUGCGCGCGGUGAACAGCUGUCUGCCGAUGUGGAGUGGCGCACACGGGAGCUCUUCACUGACAUGGCAGAGGAGUUUAUUUCCAGCAAUAAGACGGAGCUCGCAGCUGACAUACCAGGGUGGAACCGUGAGGGACUUUAUUCUCGGGUUCGGGAGGUUGUGUCCUCGUGGACGUUGGAUCAGAUCUGCGAAUUCGUCUUGCUGCACGCGGACGAGUAUCUGCAGACCACCGGGAGGGAGGGCAACUGGGCUGGCAGUUCUGAGAUGGCUGCGCUGUCUAGCGUGCUGCAACGGCCAGUCCAAGCCUACGGGAACAACUGGGUCUCUCAGGAUGAGGUCAAGCUUGAGCAGGCAGAAGAUGACAAGAACUGGAGGGUACUUCCAUACUUCGAGGCCAAUUGCUUCAUGGAACCCAGGGGCGACGCCAUCCGUGUUUUUCAAACACACGGCGGGGGCCACUAUCAGAUGCUUGCCUGA